AUGUUAAUAAUUUUAGCUCUUUUUUUGUCAACUGCUUUAGCCAAUAGUCAUGAGAAAUACAUUGAUCUCCUACCCGAAGAAGAGAAACAAGAGUUUUUGAAUAAAGUCGCAAGAAGGAUAUUGGAGACAGUUGAUAAUACUGAGAACAGUGAUAAAACUAGCAAAGAACUUAACGAUGAAGAUUUAAAAGGGCAUCAUAAAUUUGUUCAGGACAUUUUGCAGGAAGAAUCAGGACAUAUCAGAAGACGUAGGGCUGAUAGGAAUAGCGAUGAUGAAAUUGAGGCUAGUGAAAAUUCUGGACAAAUAGACAACCGGAGAGCAGAUGAUACAAGCAGUGAUGAUGAAAACAAUGCAAGUGAACAUUUAGAAGUCAAGCCUUUGAAAUUAGAAAGUAAUACACACGAUGGUGAGAAAAUUGAUAAAUCUAGUGACACUGAUAAUGCAAGUUCAUCUGCUUAUGGAAUAGAACGAAGAAGUUACGAUGAACCGAUACAAGAAAGUCCCAAGGAUUAUAUUAAAGUUGAAAUAGUUACUGAUAAGGUAGAUGAUGCGAGUGAUGAACCUAAAUCUAACAUACGUAGCAAAACAUCAAUUAAAAAAGGAAUUACAAAUAGAGAGUUAAAAGACAUAAAAACAUCAACAGCAAAUGUUAAAAGACAAAAAGAUAAACCAAAAUACGUAGAAUCAACUACAAAAUUUCAAGAUUUAAAACAUGAAGGAAUAAAUAAUACUACAUACACGACUGAUGAACGCAAAAAAGAAUAUACAGUGUCAAACUCUAGUUUAAGUAACAUCAAUAAUUCAAAAACAAAUAAAAAAAGUGAAUCAGAACCCAUUGCAGAAUUGCCAUCUAAAGUAGAUAGAAAUAUUUACACAUUGACUAGUACAACUGCGGCAAGUGAGACUCAUACAACUAAUAGAGGUGAAGGAGAUGAAAAUAACCCGAUACCUUUAGUUACCACAGGUAAAUAUUCUACCACUAAACCGACACCCAGUAAUACCAUAAUCAAUUCUUCAACUGAUGGUGGUACUAAAGAUAUUUUUAUUGAUUUAACAUCUUAUCUGACAACUACAAAAUCACCUGCUCUAAAUAAAUAUUCAGAACAAUCACCAAAAUUAUUUAAAUCGAAAGGGGUGACAAUGGAAAAAGUAUCAAAAAGAAAAACACCAAAAAAUGGAUUGAAACUAAAAACAGCAACUACAAGAUCACCAAGUUUGACUCCAACAAAUAUUGAAGUGACACCAACUAAGAAACCAAAGAAAAUAAUAAAAAUUAAAAAGAAAUCAGAAAAUACAACAGUCAUUACUUUUUUUUCUGACAACCCUUUAAAAAAAAGUAAGUCAGAAUUUAACUUGAACAUGCCAAAGCCAAAUAUAAAGAAGACAUAUGAAAAGCAAACAAAUUUACAACCGUAUCAAGUUUAUGAAAUCCCGUGGCCUGAUGCGUCUCAAAAUAAACCAUUCCUAAGGAACGCAGAACCCAUGCAAGACCAACCCUAUUUCGUCCCUGUCUACAAAUAUUCGCCAAACUAUGCAUUUUAUAAUCCAACCAACCGCCGUGGGCCUAACGUUGUUGAAGAAAAUUCAAUAGAACUUGACACUAAUCCUCUGCGAAAAGGAAAAAUUAAAGGGAAAAAACCCGAAGCAAAUGAAUUCAUAUUACAGCUCAACGAUGAAUUAAGAAAAUUCGGUGUGUAUAAAAAGAUACAAGAGGAAUAUGCCGAGGAAACUGUAGCUUCCACGACCCCUGGUGACGAAGAAGACUCUAAAGAAAAUACGGUAAUGCAACUUCCAGAUUCCUAUGAAAAUCUCCAUCCUUAUAACGGUAUGAAUAAUGGUCUAAAAACUCAUAUUAAAGCUGUAAGAGAUGUUCUAUUUAAAAAAAAGGUCUAUAAUAAAGCUGAUACGUCAAAAGAAGACCAUUUAAAUUUUUUAUAUACGAGUACUAACAGGUCUGUUCCCGUCCUUGAACAAAGACUGAGACAUUUUGAUAAGAAAAAGUUUCCCGCGCUUAGAAAUCAUCACGUUCGCAACAGAGAUAUUGACUUAAACUAUUAUUUUAAAGCCUUAAACCGCUUACAGGAUCAAGAAACUAACGAAGUGCACGACAUGAAUGAAUUAUUAAUAAUAAGUCAUGCAAAUGAUAAAAUUAACGACCAUACAGCUGAACAUAGAGAUGAAGCUAUUAAAGAUGAACCUAGUAAUAUGAAUACAAUAGCAAAAAUACUUGAAGUGACAGAUGAAAAAGAUUUUGUAACAACUUUGGAAAAACUUCGGAAAUUAAACUUGAGGUUAAUGAGAAGAAAUGAGGACGUUAAAAUUGGUAUCUAUAUGAAAGUGUUAAAAGACUUGAUAAAAAAGGACAGUAAGGCUUUAAAACAGUACGAUUGGUUGGCAACGACUGUGCAGAUACAGUCGGCUUUGGAUAAAUUGUCUCUAUUAAUAGAACGAAAGAGAAACUCUGAACCAAUACAUCCAGCUGAUGUACAAAUCCUUAAAUAUGCAGUAUUCAUUCACAACUUUUCGUUAGAACUAAGAGGAGCUAAUGAAAUCAAGAGUAAUUUGAGGAACAAAGGGAAACUGCUUCCGAGGGGUAAGGUGAAAAAAGACAAGAAAAUAACAGAAAAAGGAUUAAUAAAUAGAGAUUGGCUGUUCGUGAGAACACUGCUUCCUGACUUGACAGCAGAUGAUGGACUAAAUAAUUUACAUAAAUUCCUUUUAGAUGUAGAAGACGCGUUAUUUGACUUACAUGAAGCUAUAACGAAUAUAGCCAAGGUAACAAGAUUUAAGCAACAAAAUUGGUUUGACAAUAUCAAAGAGUUGUACUUGACGACAGACGAAAAACACCUCCGAGAAAUACUCCUGCAUCUGUCUUUUGCCAGACUAAUCGACUUGAUUGAAAAGGGCUGUGAAAACGGUUUAGAAAAGGACUUCAUACUAUAUAUGAAAACUCAUAAAAAAGAAUCCAAAAGAACUCUUGAAGAGAUACUAUUUGUGUUAAAUAUUUUGGAUCAGAUUAAAAAUAAUUUGGAAUAG